AAAACCCAAAAAAGAUAGGACCCAAAAGAAAAAAAAAAAAAAAAAAAUUGAAAAAAAAUGAAGAACAAAGAAUGAGGAGGAAAAGAAAAAAGGAAAAAAAAGUCGAGGAAGAAAAACGCGUUUUCUGCUGUAAAGAACUACAGUACAGUUGAAUCUUCUCUCUCUUCAGUCUCUCUCUCUCUCUCUCUCUCGUCGUCAAGACCAAAAUUUAGGGUUAGGGUUUUCAGAAACCCUCUACACUUUCUCUGCAACUCACUAAAGAGAAGGGUUUGGGGGAGGGGGGUAUUUUGAUUUUUUUCUGUUCUGGAGACCCUUUUUAAAGGGUUUCGGGAUAUGGGUUCUUCUUCCUCUUCUUCGUCGUCAGUGAUCAAAUGGCACCUUUUGCAUAGACCACCUACUUCCAAACUAGUCGUGCUGCUGAGGCUCUUUCUGCUCUUAUGGAUCUUCUCCGUCUAUCAUACCACAGUGGCCGCCUUGGCAGAUUCCGACAAAUCGGUGCUCCUCGAGUUUAAAAAAUCGGUGUCAGACCCAUCGGGGUUGCUAUCCAGCUGGAAUUCGAUCGGUUCUGGUUACUGUUCGUGGUUCGGCGUCUCGUGCGACUCCAAUUUGCGUGUCGUCUCGCUCAACAUUACCGGGAAUGGCAGUGGAGGUAAUUCCAACUCCUUUUCGUGUUCCGAUUUUGCUCAAUUUCCACUUUACGGGUCGGGAAUCUCAAGGAGUUGUUCCGCUAGUAGUAGAGGAAAGUUGGUGGGAAAGCUGUCACCGGUGAUUGGGAAGCUCACGGAGCUUCGUAUAUUAUCGCUGCCCUUCAAUGGCUUUGACGGUGAAAUUCCUAGUGAGAUUUGGGGGAUGGGUAACUUAGAAGUUCUUGAUCUAGAGGGCAAUUCGAUAGCUGGGCGGCUUCCGGUUCAGUUCAAUAGGAAUUUGCGGGUUCUCAAUCUCGGAUUUAACAAGAUUGAGGGAGACAUACCGAGCUCGCUUUCCAACAGUGUGAACUUAGAGAUCUUGAAUUUAGCUGGGAACCGUGUGAACGGGACGGUUCCAGCGUUUGUUGGUAGGUUGAGAGAGGUGUACUUGUCGUAUAACUCGCUUAGUGGGUCUGUUCCGAGUGAGAUUGGUGAAAACUGUGGGAAGCUUGAACAUCUUGAUUUGUCUGGUAAUUACUUGGUCCAUGGAAUCCCCAGAAGUUUGGGUAAUUGCGGUGAGUUGCGGGCGCUUUUGUUGUACUCUAACAUGUUGGAAGAGAGUAUUCCGGCUGAACUUGGUAGGCUGCAGAAGCUUGAAGUGUUUGAUGUUUCAAGGAAUAGCCUCAGUGGUUCAAUACCUAGCCAGCUUGGUAAUUGUUCUCAACUGUCUGUUCUUGUGCUUUCAAAUCUGUUUAAUCCACUGCCAAAAGGCAAAUUUGCAGAGGACAACUCUUCACUGGAGCAAUUGAAUUCUAUGAAUGAUGAUUUCAAUUACUUUCAAGGUCCAAUCCCUGAAGAUAUUACUAGACUUCCAAACCUGAGGAUAUUAUGGGCUCCAAGGGCAACUCUGGAGGGUGGGUUCCCCAACAAUUGGGGUGCUUGUGACAAUAUAGAGAUGAUAAAUUUGGCUCAGAAUUUUUUUACCGGGGAGAUCCGAAAUUCUUUAAGUCACUGCAAGAAGCUGAAUUUUCUUGAUUUAAGUUGGAACAGGCUUACGGGAAAGCUUGUUGAGGAUCUUCCAGUUCCAUGUAUGACUGUGUUUGAUGUCAGUGGUAACUUCUUGUCUGGUUCUAUUCCUGAAUUUUUUAAUAGCACAUGUUCUUCCAAUCCUUUCUGGAGUGAAUUUUCUUCUCAACCUGACAAUCCAUCAUCACUCUAUCAAGCCUUUUUCGCAUCUCAAACUCAGGAUGGAAAUGCGUUGCAAUUGCAUGGAGAAGAUGGUGAUAUUACAGUUUUUCAUAACUUCGGUCACAACAAUUUUACUGGGACUUUGCAGUCAUUGCCUAUUGCACCUGAAAGAUUGGGAAAGCGAACUUCUUAUGCAUACUUUGCUGGAGAAAAUAAGCUCACCGGUGGAUUCCCAGGUACUUUAUUUGAGAAAUGUGAAGGAUUAGAUGCUUUGAUUCUUAAUAUUAGCUACAACAAGUUAUCUGGUCAGAUUCCUGACGAAAUUGGCACAAUGUGUAUAUCUCUGAAAUUUAUGGAUGCAUCUGGGAAUCACUUCACUGGUCCAAUUCCUCCUAGCAUUGGAGAACUGGUGUCUCUUACUUCCCUUAACUUGAGUUGGAAUAUAUUGCAAGACCAGAUUCCUACCAGUCUUGGCCAGAUUAAGAAUUUAAAGUAUCUUUCUUUAUCGGGUAAUAACCUCACUGGUUCAAUUCCUUCAAGUUUGGGGCAGCUGCACGCUUUAGAGGUAUUGGAGCUUUCUUCAAAUUCUCUCACCGGUGAGAUUCCAAAAUUUCUUGAAAACUUGCACAACUUAACUGUUCUCCUGCUCGAUAAAAAUAAACUCUCUGGCCAGAUACCCUCAGGUUUGGCAAAUGUGACAACUCUCUCUGUGUUUAAUGUGUCCUUCAACAACUUGUCUGGGUUGCUUCCCUCGAACAAUAGCUUGAUGAGAUGUAAUAGUGCUAUUGGAAACCCAUUAUUAAGGUCUUGCAUGUAUUCUCUAGCGGGGCCAGCUACAGAUCCUCAAGGAAGAGUUGGCGAUCCACAAUCUUAUGCCGCUUCACCAUCUGGGGUCCCGACUGAAAAGAGUGGAAAUAAUGGUUUCAAUUCCAUUGAGAUAGCAUCCAUAACAUCUGCAUCAGCCAUAGUUUCAGUGCUUUUAGCUCUAAUUGUGCUGUUCUUUUAUACCCGCAAGUGGAACCCAAAGUCAAAAGUUCUUGGAUCCACGAGGAAGGAGGUAACUCUGUUUACAGACAUAGGUGUUCCAUUGACCUUUGAGACUGUUGUGCGGGCCACGGGGAGUUUUAAUGCGAGCAACUGCAUUGGGAAUGGAGGUUUUGGGGCAACCUAUAAAGCAGAAAUCUCACCUGGAGUCUUAGUGGCGAUAAAGCGACUUGCUGUAGGACGAUUUCAAGGAGUUCAACAGUUUCAUGCAGAAAUUAAAACCCUUGGAAGGCUCCGCCAUGCCAAUCUGGUCACAUUGAUUGGUUAUCAUGCCAGUGAAACUGAAAUGUUUCUCAUAUAUAAUUAUUUGCCUGGUGGUAAUCUGGAAAAAUUUAUCCAGGAAAGGUCUACCAGGGCUAUAGACUGGAGGAUACUCCACAAGAUUGCAUUGGAUAUAGCUCGAGCACUUGCCUACCUUCACGAUCAAUGUGUUCCACGUGUACUUCAUCGUGAUGUUAAGCCCAGCAAUAUCUUGUUGGAUGACGAUUUCAAUGCUUAUCUAUCUGACUUUGGUUUGGCCAGACUGCUGGGGACUUCAGAAACCCAUGCUACCACUGGUGUGGCUGGAACUUUUGGCUAUGUUGCUCCAGAGUAUGCAAUGACUUGCCGUGUUUCAGAUAAGGCUGAUGUGUACAGUUAUGGUGUAGUUCUUCUCGAGUUGCUCUCCGACAAGAAAGCCCUGGAUCCUUCUUUUUCUUCUUAUGGUAAUGGUUUCAAUAUUGUUGCAUGGGCAUGCAUGCUUCUUCGACAGGGCAGAGCAAAGGAAUUCUUCACUGCAGGAUUAUGGGAUGCUGGUCCACAGGAUGACAUGGUAGAGGUUUUACAUUUAGCAGUUGUGUGUACGGUUGAUUCCCUUUCUACCAGGCCAACGAUGAGGCAAGUUGUACGGCGGCUUAAGCAGCUUCAACCCCCAUCCUGUUAGCAAUCUGAUGAGGUUUCUAUUCGAUUAACUUAGUAAUCUGUAGAAGAUAAGCGCCAUUGUUAGCUGUGAUCUGCAAUGUGACUGCGCUUUAGGUUGAGAUUGUAGUUAUUCCACUUGUAAAUUGUAAUAUAGUUGUGCCCCCAAUUUUUGAUGCUAUUUGCCUGAUUAGGGGGCUUGCUGAUAUGAUGAAUCUGCAGAAGAAUGCAGAUAUCUGUUUUCCUUGUUGUAUACGUGUAUAUCAAGUUCUAUUUGUUGUUAAAUAAGACAGUAGAGUAAAGGCAUUUUCUCCGA